UCACACCAACAACACUCUGUAGCCCUUACUCCAAAGUUGUCCGCUCACACUCCGAUCCAAGCAUUUGCGCUUCGCAAGAGUUAUACUUCGGCCUUUCUGUCGACCAUCACCAGUCACGCCAUUUUUACUUGCGGCUAUCUAAGCGACUGCGCCCCCAACACGUGCGGCUCUCCUCCAAUACGUUUCGCCGAACUGGAGGCAAAGCAUGUCAAUCAUCAUUAUCACCCAAUUAUACAUAUAGGCCCAGGAACCACUUGGCCGUGUUCUCAACCAGUCACCGGGAUGGACGACAACGUGGAUAUUCCAGAGGAUUCUCUGCAACAUGUUGAAGCCUUGUUGAGUAGGCACCCUCCACAGGUCAUUCAGCGAAUGUUUCAGCAAGUUAUGGAUUCGCGCCGCAAUUCGACUGCAUCAUCUCUCAGCUCUCUCACCUCCUUCAGCUCUCUUGCCUCUUCCAAUGCAUCUAUGCGUUCUAGGCUCUCAUUUGUGUCCACCUUGUCAACGGCAAGCAGUGAGCUUGCGCCAUCAAUCGCUUCUUCUUCUUCAUCUCGGUCUCGCGGGAGGCGGCCCGAACCGAGGUCAUAUCCAUCCGGCCUUGAUCCCACACGACCUGUCCCCGCUGUCCUCACGCCAUUGUCCGAUGAGAGCAGCCCGAUGGAAUCGAGCUUAGAAAUAGCUAUCACCCCAACGGAUGAAGAUGUGAGCAGCAUCUCUUCGCCAUUCCCAAGUGAGAGGAACCACGGCCACUCGGGUGAUUCAUUCAUGUUCUGUACGUAUUGCGCCGAUCUGCAGAUCCUAAAAACUUUCAAGGCCAAAUCGGACUGGAAGAAACAUGAAAUGAGGAUGCAUGAGACUGGCGAGGAUUGGCCUUGCAUUGUAAAUGGCUGUGGUCGGAUCUUCGACCGCCAGAAAGAUUUUGUGAAGCAUCAUCAGCGGUAUCACUCGGGCCGACCACUACCGUCCCUAACUGAUAUCAAAAUCCAGCUGCUCCCUCGGAAGGUAUUUAGCUGCGGCUUCGACAGAUGCAAAGAAGUCAGUAUCGGAUGGGACGAGCGAUGCGACCAUGUGGCGAAACACAUGAAGAACGGAUGGACAUUCGAGCAAUGGAAGUAUACUAAUGUGAUUCGCAACCUCAUACGACAAGAGGCGACGCAUGAUACCUGGAAGGACCUAUGCCUUAUGUUGGAUGAGCGGCUAAGGGAAACUCGAUCGCAGAUCAGUUGGUGUGUGGACAACACGAGGAUUUUAAGACAGAAGCUUGAAUGUUGCGAUCUCCGGCCGAGUAGGGAAGAUGUACUAAUCACUGCCUUAAGCUUGCGUUCGGAUAUACCCAUUGAGGCGUCACACAUAACACUGCCGCCUGGAUUUGUCACGCCGAGUAGGGACUCGGUCCCCAAUUUCAAUCGCCUAACUCGAGAGCAGUGCAUGCAGAUUCUCAUCGGGAGACCCAACACCUCUCUAUCCCGGACCCGUCUUGCCGCGGUAAAUGCGGCUUUACUUCAGGCGAGCCACGCGAACAUGUCGCAACCGCCUCUACCCAGCUCCUCCCACGUUGGUUCCAGCGCGUCGUCAUUUUCAGAGCCAGCCAUGACGGAUACUUCAGGACGACGUAUCAGCUACAUGGACCUCGACCCUGCCGAUUUCCUGGACUUAACUCAGCCCGAGAUACCGCCUUUACCUUCAGAUCUGGAGUCACACAUGGCCAAUGCCUCGGAAAACUCCCACCACGACCCUGGAUUUGCUGAUCCAGGGAGACCUACGACCAACCCGCUUGGCUUUUUCAAUUACUUCGAUAGCGCUCCAGCCUUCGAGGAAUCUCCAUACUACGAUCGGCCGUCCCUAGGCCAGCGGAUCGCGGGGCCUUUGCGCAGAGUCAGGAGUAAUCUAAGCUCGAGACGUUCGUCUCCCCAUCGUCAACCCUCUCCACAUGGAAACGAGAUGGAGCCCGACUUUAUGAUUCAGCAACCUCAUCCCACACCAAUACGUCAGGACCAACUACACCUCUUCACAUCGCAAAGUUGAUUAGGUCAAAGGUUUCAGGCUCGAUCUCGUAUUUUAUUGUUUGUAUUUUACUGUCGGGUGUU